AUGAACCACCUGCUCCGAGCUGCCUUGGUGUUGCUGCCCAUCCUGGCAUCAACUGGCAACGCCAUGCCAACCACCAGGCAAACCACAACCUGUGCAACCAAGGGCAAGCCUGCAGGAAAAGUCCUGCAAGGCUACUGGGAGAACUGGGAUGGGUCGAGCAAUGGUGUUCACCCCGGGUUCGGGUGGACACCAAUCACAAACCCUCUGAUCCCCCAGCACGGCUACAACGUAAUCAACGCCGCGUUCCCCGUCAUUCUUUCUGACGGCACCGUACUGUGGGAGGACGGCAUGGACAGCGGUGUUAAAGUCGCGACCCCUGCCGAGAUGUGUGCGGCCAAAGCCGCCGGGGCCACCAUUCUCUUGUCCAUCGGAGGUGCGACGGCAGGGAUCGAUCUGAGCUCUUCCGCGGUCGCUGACAAGUUCGUCGCGACGGUCGUGCCCAUCCUUAAGAACUACAAUUUCGACGGCAUCGAUAUCGAUAUCGAGACUGGCUUAACCGGCAGUGGCAGCAUUACCACGCUCUCCACGUCCCAGCAGAACCUGAUCCGUAUCAUUGACGGCGUCCUUGCAGCCAUGCCGUCCAACUUCGGUUUGACCAUGGCACCCGAGACGGCAUACGUCACUGGAGGAAGCGUCGUUUACGGCUCUAUCUGGGGCUCUUACCUGCCCAUCAUCAAGAAGUACGUUGACAACGGCCGCCUGUGGUGGCUGAACAUGCAGUACUACAACGGAGAGAUGUACGGCUGCUCCGGCGACUCAUACGCCGCGGGCACGGUCGCGGGAUUCAUCGCGCAAACCGACUGCUUGAACAACGGCCUGAACAUCCAGGGUACAACGAUCCGCGUCCCCUACGACAUGCAGGCCCCUGGUCUCCCAGCCCAGGUGGGCGCCGGUGGUGGCUACAUGUCCACCACCCUUGUCGGGCAGGCCCUGGACCACUACAACGGUGCGCUCAAGGGCUUGAUGACCUGGUCAAUCAAUUGGGAUGGGUCCAAGUCUUGGACUUUUGGCGACAAUGUGAAGGGGCGACUUGGGACCGCAUGA